AUGCGUUUUGAAAACAUGUUAGUUCCUUUUGCCAUUCUUGCAGGCAUCACCUGGGGCUUUAUCGGCGAGCGGCCUGCACCAAUCAACCCAACUGUUGAACAGGCACCAAUCAUCAGACAUCGUCAAUACUCGCCCUGGCAAAUUCAAACCAUGCCAACGGUGACGCAAGAUCUGGUUGAGCCUGCUACGCCAGCCAAUGUACCAAAGUCUCCUCAGCGUCGUUUGGAAAAUGUUGCCCCCGGCGCUACCCUCGAUUACCGCUGUGGUAAAACACACGGAAGAUGUCCUAGUGGAACAUGCUGUUCCAGCUCGGGUUUCUGCGGCACCACCAAGGCGCACUGCCGCUCUCCAGAUUGCAAGAUCGACUAUGGCCUGUGCGAUGCCCACAAGACACCGAAAGGCCCUCCCACCAGUGACAUUCUCCGGCCUCACAUCGGUGUCGUUCAAUACGGCCCUCAACAGAUCAGAUCUUGUGCAGUCCCAGGAACGGUCGCUUUGACAUUUGAUGAUGGACCCUCCAGAUACACCGGUGAUCUUCUUGAUUUGCUUGACAAAUAUGAGGCACCUGCAACUUUCUUCGUUACUGGUAUCAACAACGGCAAAGGUGCGAUUGAUGACCCAGAGCUACCCUGGGCUUCUUUGAUCUCACGUAUGCUGCUCGGUGGCCACCAAGUUGCCAGUCAUACCUGGUCCCAUGAGGACCUCAGCAAAGUGACAGUCGCCCAGCGUGUAGAUCAGAUGGUGAAGAACGAAGCUGCUCUUCGGAACAUCAUGGGCAGUUUCCCCACCUACAUGCGCCCGCCAUAUUCUAGCUGUGAAGAGGGCUCUGGGUGUCGUGAAGACCUGGGUCGGAUGGGCUAUCACAUCGUGUUGUAUGAUGUCGACACGGACGAUUACAAGAACGACAACCCGGGCUUGAUUCAAAAAUCAAAGGAUAUUUUUGACGCUGCUUUAUCAUCUGGAAACCCUGCCUCUCAUUCCUGGCUGAUCAUUGCCCACGAUGCCCAUGAGCAAACGGUUCACAAUCUUACGGAACACAUGUUACAGACAAUGGCACGCCUCGGGUAUCGUCCUGCCACGGUCGGAGAAUGCCUCCGGGAUUCACGGGAGAUGUGGUACCGCAAGGAUAGCCGCUGGCCUGGACACAAGAAGACAUCCACAAAGACCAAGCCUCCUCAGAUAUCGAUCGACGGCACCUGCGGCAAGAACUACACCUGCCUGGGUUCUAGUUACGGAAUUUGUUGCGGCCACUGGAAUCUUUGUGGGAACAGCUCUAGCCAUUGUGGACAAGGUUGUCAAAAGGAUGCUGGCUACUGCUCCGUGGAAGUACCCCACAACGGUGAUGCAUGGGACCCAAGUGUCCCAGGGAAGAGUAGCAAGUCGGAAGCAGACUCUGAUUUCCGAGCUGUUGGUACUGCUGCUGUGGUUUCUUUGUUCUUGGCAUUGAUUGUGGCGAUUUGGAUGUGA